UAAAAACCCCUUGGGAUUUUCCCUUUUAAUACCCACAUCAAAUUUCUCUCGAUUCUAAUUCACAUAGUCAAAGAUGGCAUCUCAGACUACAGUCCUCAAGGUUGGUAUGUCAUGCCAAGGCUGUGUUGGAGCUGUGAAAAGGGUUCUUGGCAAACUGGAAGGUGUGGAAUCAUAUGACAUUGAUUUUGAUGCACAAAAGGUGACAGUGAAAGGCAAUGUGCCACCCGAGACAGUUCUGCAAACUGUUACCAAAACUGGCAAGAAGACUGCCUACUGGGAGGCAGAAGCACCAGCAGAACCCGAAGCAAAGCCUGCAGAAGCUGUGGCUGCUGCAUAAGAGUAUUUUCCUGUUUAAUAUUGUAAUAGUUGGCUUAAUAUGCAGGUUCUCAUUGAAUGUUAUAUGACGCACCGUAAACUAAUGAAGCUCCCUUGAGCCUGUUUGUAAGCUACAAUAUUUCCUUCUGAGCCUGCUGUAUGAAUUUCUGUAUAAAUAAUUGAAAUGUGACAAUGUGGUGGUAUGUUAUCCGUUCCCUCAA